GAUGUGUGGUUGGUAGAAGGCUUCUUCUGCUCUUUUGUAGAGUGGUGGCAUGAAGUUGGUAGUUUGCAGCAGCUGAAAAGCAGAAAAGAGAGACGCUUGUCACUCAGUAUACAGAAUGCCUCCACAGUCAGAACCUACACAGGUGAAACCAGAAAGCGGUGCCACUAUUCCACAGCUUUUUACCUGGGAAGAGAUUGGAACUCACUCUGGUCAGAGAUCUUCCAAGCAGGACCAAUGGCUCGUCAUCAACAGGAAGGUUUAUGAUAUCAGCAACUUCUAUCGACAGCAUCCGGGAGGAAGCCGUGUCAUCAGUCACUUUGCAGGACAGGAUGCUACGGAUGCCUUUACAGCUUUUCACAAGAAUGAAGCUUUGGUAAAGAGAUACUUGAACUCACUGGUGAUUGGAGAGCUGGCACCGGAUCAACCAUGUUGUGAGCCCAGCAAAAAUGAAUUGCUAUUAAAGGAUUUUCGAGCUCUAUAUGUUACUGUCAAGAAGAUGGGACUCAUGAAUUCCAGUUAUCUCUUCUUCACCCUCAUGUUCCUACACAUUGUUCUGUUGGACUUUGCUGCCGGGAUCAUUAUCAUCUACUUUGGAACUUCCUGGGUGCCUUUUCUUUUUAGUAUGAUGAUAUUUGCAACUGCUCAGGUCCAGUAUGGUUGGUUUCAACACGAUUUGGGGCAUAUCUCAGUCUUCCAGAACGCCAAAUGGAACCGAUGGUUUCACAUGCUUGUGAUGGGUCUUCUUCAGGGUGGACCAGCUAGCUGGUGGAACCAUAUGCACAACCAGCACCAUGCUAAACCCAACUGCUACCGCAAGGACCCCGAUCUCAAUAUGCACCCCCAUCUGUUCAGCCUAGGGAAGACACUCUCUCGGGAGCUUGGGAAAAUGAAGAAGAAAUUUUUGCCUUAUAAUCACCAGCACAAGUACUUUAGCGUGGUUGCCCCAGGUGCAAUUGUCCCUUUCUUUCAACUGAUUACAUUUUACUUCAUAUACACAAGGAAAAAAUGGUUGGAGUUUGUUUUCAUGUUGAUCUUCUAUAUCCGCAUCUCUCUCACAUAUAUUCCUUUAAUGGGAUUUAAGAGCUUCAUGGCAUACUACUGGCUGGCCAGGUUCCUGCAAGCUUGUUGGUUCAUCUGGGUCACACAAAUGAACCACAUCCCAAUGAACAUUGACUAUGACAAGAAUUUGGACUGGGUGUCUGCACAGCUGGCAGCAACGUGUAAUGUGAAGCAGUCCUGGUUCAAUGAUUGGUUUACAGGACACUUGAAUUUCCAAAUUGAACACCAUCUCUUUCCCAUGAUGCCUCGACACAACUACUGGAAGGUAGCCCCCCUGGUGAAAUCUCUCUGUGCCAAACAUGAUUUAGAUUAUCAGUGCAAGUCACUUCUCACUGCCUUUGCAGACAUUUUAAGCUGUCUAAAGGAUUCAGGAGACACUUGGCUUGAAGCCUAUUUGCAUGCAUAAGCAAAAGACUGGUCUUCAAAGGGAUAACCUUUUUCACACUGCUGCUAUCACAGAGCUCCAGCAUUUGCAAGAAAAGGAGAGGACUGGCUUUGGACUAAUCACACCAUGAAUGAAGUGCUUUCCUUUCAAUAGCUGAAACAUGAUCUAAUCACUGGUCUUUGUUGCCUAACACUAUGAUAUUAAAAAUGAGUAAGGCAGAGAAUGGACUUUGCUCUGGAAAAAGAAGCUACAUUGUGUUGGUUUAGGGAAGUUUCUAUGUGUUCCUUUCCAAAAGGAAUGAUUUGGUGGCUUCAGUUGUCUGGAAAUUAUUAAGACUCAGUGUGGUGUAGUUGUUAAAAGUGUUAAAUGAAGUUUGGGGAUACCCAAGGUUCAAAGCUCCACUUGCCUAUAAACUAACUGGAAGACUUUAGGUCAGUUAGUCUCUAUUUAUCUACAUCACAUGACUGUUGUAAAUAUUAAAUGGAAGAAGGGAGGACCAUAUAUACCAUCCUGAGCCCCUUGAAGGAAGGGUGAGAAAAAUGUAAUAU